CUUCCACUAUUUAUAAGCUUUCUCUCUCUUUCUGUAAAUUUUCAUUCUUCAAAAAAACACUUUCUCUCUCUAAAAAUUCACGCUUCCAGGCUCCAAAAAGGUAACAAUGGUCUCUUUGGGCAUGGAGUCUAAAUCGGUUGCGGAUUUAAUAGAAGCUUCCUCAGGGGUUCAUUUUUCUGGAUUUCACAUGAAUGGUCUGCAGGAAAGACAUUCAGGUGUGGAGCAAGCAACAACUUCUGCUGCUGAUAACAUUGUUAUGCAACCUUUUGUCAUAGGGGUUGCUGGCGGAGCAGCUUCUGGUAAGACUACAGUUUGUGAUAUGAUUAUACAGCAGCUUCAUGACCAGCGUGUUGUUCUUGUUAACCAGGAUUCUUUUUACCAUAAUUUGACACCAGAAGAACAUGCAAGAGUGCAUGAAUACAAUUUUGAUCAUCCUGAUGCAUUUGAUACCGAAAAACUCUUAGCUUCUAUGGAAAAGUUGAGGAAUGGGCAAGCCGUAGAUAUUCCAAAAUAUGACUUCAAAAGCUACAAAAACAACCAGCAUAGAAGGGUAAAUCCUUCAGACGUGAUAAUUUUGGAAGGCAUUCUCAUUUUUCACGAUCCCCGUGUUCGAGAGUUGAUGAAUAUGAAGAUAUUUGUCGAUACAGAUGCUGAUGUUCGUUUAGCAAGGAGGAUUAGGCGCGACACAGUUGAAAAAAACAGGGAUAUUGGUACAGUUCUUGAUCAGUACUCAAAGUUUGUGAAGCCUGCAUUUGAUGACUUUAUUCUUCCUACAAAAAAAUAUGCCGAUAUCAUUAUUCCCCGUGGAGGAGAUAAUCAUGUGGCAAUUGAUUUGAUUGUACAACACAUCCGUACAAAGCUUGGCCAGCAUGACUUGUGUAAAAUAUAUCCUAAUUUAUACGUUAUACAUUCAACUUUUCAGAUACGGGGCAUGCAUACCCUCAUACGUGAUUCUCAAACAACAAAGCAUGAUUUUGUUUUUUAUGCUGAUCGGCUGAUUCGUUUGGUCGUUGAACAUGGUCUCGGACAUCUGCCAUUUACCGAAAAGCAGGUGGUUACUCCAACCGAGUCGGUGUAUACUGGUGUAGACUUCUGUAAGAGAUUAUGUGGUGUGUCAGUAAUCAGGAGCGGUGAGAGUAUGGAGAAUGCUUUGAGAGCAUGUUGUAAGGGAAUCAAGAUUGGGAAAAUUCUAAUUCACAGAGAAGGAGACAAUGGCCAACAGCUCGUCUACGAAAAACUUCCCCAAGAUAUCUCAGAUAGGCAUGUCUUACUAUUGGAUCCUAUUUUAGGCACAGGGAAUUCGGCUGUUCAGGCAAUCUCUUUACUCUUAAGGAAAGGUGUACCUGAAUCCAACAUCAUAUUUCUCAAUCUCAUAUCUGCACCUCAAGGAAUUCAUGUGGUCUGCAAAAGAUUCCCAAGAAUUAAGAUUGUGACAUCUGAGAUUGAAAGUGGUUUGAACGGAGAUUAUCGUGUCAUACCGGGCAUGGGCGAGUUUGGAGACCGAUAUUUCGGAACUGAUGAUGAUGACUGGCAAGAAGUGACUCACUCAACUUAAAAACAUAAUAAUAAUAGUAAUAAUAAUAAUAAUAAUUAAUAAUAAAAGAAAGAAAGAAAAAAAAAGAUCUCCAUACUUAUAUGUCUUUUAUUUUUGUCCACUCCAAUCAUCCUCUUAUCCGAAAAUCAGCUAAACUUGCUUUUGACUUAUAUAUAAUUCUGCUGGCUUCUCUACUUUUAUAAGAGUUGAAAUUUUGUUGA